GUUAUCUCAUGGCCGGAGCAGCAGAAUCUUCUUGACACCUAUGUCUUCAUUUCGUCAGAGGGGGAAAAGUUGCCAAGAACAUUGACUUCCAGGAUAUGAGCAGACGUCCCACAGUAUAAAUAGGAGGGAGCCCUGAGCCCUGGAGCCAGAGCUGAGGAGGCAGCUGAGAUCCCUGGAGCCAGAGCUGAGCACAAGUACAACCCCCAUCCUCUGUGUGGAACAGACAGACUUGACCUUUCCCAGCACCUCCUGCCCGCUCCUCCUCCUCAUCAUGAGUCUGUGGGUCCUGGCGCUCGGCGCCCUCCUGCUGGUGGAGCAGUGUCACUGCAUGUUCCUGGCUAAUAACACCUUCCUGGAGAACCUCCUGAGCCGAUACCAGGACGGCGCCGCGCACUCCAGGAGCCGAAGAGCCAUAGCCCGGUCCGAUAAGGAGGAAAUACUGCAACUGCACAACAAGCUGCGAGGACAAGUACACCCAUCAGCCUCCAACAUGGAGUACAUGACGUGGGACGAUGAGCUGGAGAGGUCAUCAGAAGCCUGGGCGCAGCAGUGCAUGUGGGAGCAUGGACCUAGCAACCUGAUCAUGUCCAUCGGACAGAACCUGGCGGUGCACUGGGGCAGGUAUCGAUCGCCAGCAUUUCACGUCCAGUCCUGGUACGACGAGGUGAAAGACUACACAUAUCCGUAUCCCCAUGAGUGUAACCCCUACUGUCCAGAGCGGUGUGCCGGACCCAUGUGCACCCAUUACACCCAGAUUGUCUGGGCCACAACCACUAAAGUGGGCUGCGCGGUGAACAUCUGCAAGAGGAUGAACGUGUGGGGAGAGAUCUGGGAGAACGCCGUCUACCUCGUCUGCAACUAUUCCCCAAAGGGGAACUGGAUUGGUGAAGCCCCUUAUAAGAAUGGCCGGCCAUGCUCCGAGUGCCCACCCAGCUAUGGAGGCAACUGCAAAAAUAACCUCUGCUACAAAGGUGACAAGCGCGCUGGAGCGGCAGAGACUUAUGAGACCAAUGAGAUCGAAUCUCCUCGUGUCCCUGAAGAGACGGUGAUCUGGGUGCAUGAAAAGAUCAACAAGCCAAAAGUUGUGCCAAAAACAACGCAGCCGGAGAACCUAAUGACCCAAGUCAUCAAAUGUGAGACAAGGAUGAGGGAUAAGUGUAAAGCAUCCACCUGCAACAGGUAUUUCUGUCCGGCCGGCUGUGCAAACAAGAAGGUGAAGGUCUUUGGGACCCUGUUCUAUGAGAGCAUGUCCAGCCUGUGCAGAGCGGCCAUACAUUAUGGGGUCAUUGACAACAGUGGCGGUCUGGUGGACAUCACCCGGAAGGGGCGGCUGCAGUUCUUUGUCAAGUCCACCAGGAACGGUGUGGAGUCACUGAGUAAAUUCAAACCUGGAAAUUCAUUCAUGGUGUCAAAAGUGACAGUGCAGACAAUUGAUUGUUACUCCACGGUGGCGGAGAUCUGUCCGUACGAGAAGCCGGCGAAGCACUGUCCCAGGUUCUCCUGCCCCAGCCACUGUAAGGAUGAGCCCUCGCACUGGGCGCCCGUCAUCGGCUCGAAUAUUUAUGCAGAUACGUCCAGCAUUUGUCGGACGGCCGUUCACGCCGGUGUCAUUAAAGAUGAGUCCGGGGGAUACGUGGAUGUGAUGCCCGUGGACAGGAAAAAUCAUUAUUUGGGCUCCAAUAAAAACGGGAUCCACUCAGAGAGCAUUAAGAACCGCAAAGAAGGUAAAUCUUUCCGCAUUUUUGCCGUGAAGCAAUAAUAGGGAAUUUAAUGGCGGGAUCUUCACGAACUUUGAGGAGGCCGAACAUCCCCCAUCUCGUCUGACUUCUGGAAUCGGGUCACCUCACAUCUAUCUCCGGAAUGACAUCACCAUAUUCAGCCCUGAGGGGUCAUACGGCGGCCGGACCUGGAUUCCAGGUCAUUAUAGGACAGUGCGUCCACCGGAGCCCCUCCCACAACUCUGUGGCGACCACUCCGCGUCCUCCGCCAUUCGAUAAAGAACUUAAAGCCAAAUAUUGGGCAGGGGUGGGGGACUGGCGGGCGUGUCCCCUGGUUGUUGUACAUUUUCACCUUUUGUAUUGUGUCUUGUAUACAGCAGUGCUGGUUAUUUUAUAUUUGGGGUAAUAUUCGCCCUCUGUAUAUAUAUAUAUAUUCUUAUCUAUGUAUGUGCUGUGGAUAACGUCAGGAUGGAUGAAGGGGCCGCGCAGGGUUAACU